CCUUUUUGAUGUAGAAGUGUUCAGUAAGAUGAGCUGACAUUUAGUAUUAUUUAUGUAUGUGAUCGACCCGCUGAUUUAACAGACGUGAGGAGAAGCGAUGAGUUUAACAGCAGCAGCGAGUGUAUUUGUCGUCAUCCUUCUGUCUGUACAAGUGAUACAGGGUCAGGAUGGCUGGGGAGUGACUUACAGCUCUACUGAGAUCUGUGCCUUCAAAGGAUCAACAGUGGAAAUAAGAUGCACCUACAGAUAUCCAUCCAGAAAAUAUGGCCGUGAUGCUGAAGUUAACGAAACAUUCUGGUUUACUAAACUGAGUGGAAAUCAACCUGUGGAUCUGAGAACAGACUCAGAUUAUCAAGAUCGUGUUGAGUACAGUUGUUCUGAGAAGAGCUGCAGUCUGAGAAUCAGAGACCUGAGAGAGAGCGACUCAGCUGAGUACAAGUUCAUGUUCAUAACAAACCAACCAGAUGGGAGAUAUACUGGUUCACCUGGAGUCACUUUGAGGAUCACAGAUCUCCAGGUGAAGGUGAACUCAUCCUCAGAUUCUAGCUGGAGAGACCUGAAGUGUCACAGCAGUUGUCGUCUACCUGAUCGUUCUUCCUACAUCUGGUACGAGAGUGGAGAGAAAAUUCAGUCACAAACAUCUUCAACUUAUUCAGUCUACUUUAAUUCUACAGACAGUUAUUCCUGUGCUGUUGAAGGACGUGAGGAUUUCCCCUCUCCUCCAGUGUGUGUUGAUGGUCAAACCUGCAACAGAGUGAUUUACACUGACAGAAGCAUCUGUGCCUCCAAAGGAUCAUCAGUGAACAUUUCUUGCUUGUUCAACAGUCCUGAAUCUAUCACAUCCAAAUUCUGGUUCAGUCCUGAUCAUAGUUAUCAGUGGCAGAGUCCUUCACAGCCUGAGGACCUUAGUGUAGAUUCCCAGUUUGCAGGUAUUGUUCACGUCUUUGAAUCAGAGACAGGACGCUCCACUCUGAGAAUCACUGACCUGACAGAGAGUGAUUCAGCUCGGUAUCACUUUAAAUUCAAUACAACAAGCAGCUUUGAGUGGAGGAGUAGUUUACCUGGUACAACUCUGACUGUCACAGCUCUGCAGGUGCAGGUGACCAGAAUAACAGUCCACCAGUCUUAUACUGAGGCAGAGCUGAAGUGUCACAGCAGCUGCAGUCCAGCUGCUCGUCUUUCCUACGUCUGGUUCAAGAAUGGACAGAAAGUCACAGGGGUGGAGACAUCUUCUUUUAAAGGCCGGGUUUAUCCUGGAGACAUCAUCUCUUGUGCUUUGAAAGGACAUGAGAACUACGGCUCUCCUCCAGUCUAUGCUCCAAGACUUCCCUCUGUGUCAGUGAGUCCCUCUGCUGAGAUGACGGAGGGCGCUUCAGUGAAUCUGACCUGUAGCAGUGAUGCUAACCCAGCAGCUAAUUACACCUGGUACAAGGAGAAUGAAGACUCACCAAAAGCAUCAGGACAGAUCUUCACCAUCACUGACAUCAGAGCUGAACACAGUGGGAAUUAUUACUGUGAAGCCCAGAACACAAGAGGACGUCAUAACUCCACCUUACAGCUGAUUGUUGUGGCAGGGAGUUUAACAAUGAUGAUAAAUAUCAUCAGGUUGAUUCUGGUGGUUCUGGUGUCGGUUCUGCUGCUUCUGUUUUGUCUGUGGAUGAGGAAGAAGAAAACUCUGAGCUCCACCACUGAACCAAAUGAGCCCACAGAGACUGUGGAGAUGAGAGAGCUGGAGUCUGAUCCUGAUUACACCAACAUCUCACCUUUGAAGAGAGAAACUGCAGCAUGUGGCAGAAGUUCUGAGUAGCAUGCAGCUUUAUGUUUACCUGUGCAGGUACAUUACAUAUGUCAAGGAUUAUACUUGGUUUGCAACAUGCUACUUUAUCUUUUAAUGCUUUUAAUAUAACAUUUUAUUCUAAUGCAGUAACUUGUUUUGAAGAAAUACUGAUUGUUCUAUCACAUCACAGCUGUCCUGGCAGAGAAAGACAUGUGGAACAGGAAGCACAGUAUCUCACAGCAUGUACAUUAUAUAUUAAACACACUGACAUGUAACAUGAGCCCAGCUCUGUCACACUCUGUAGCUGUAACAUGCUCAAAGUUCUGCAGUGGCUGAUUGAAAUAAACAUCCAGCUUCCAACAACUCUGUAGUUUGAACAUCAUGCCAGUUCCCUCUCUGUGCUGCAGAGGGCGACAGUGUGCAGAAAGUUUUGGAUUUCAGUUUUAAACUUCUAAACUAAACACUUUUUGUGUUUAGUCUUCAGAAUAAAGGUUUUAUUCAACAAUAAUGGACACAAAUACAAUGUAACUCAGUUUGUUUUCUCUUAAUUGUUUCUCACUUUCUUAUUAUUUGUCCACUGAUAAAACUGAAUGUAAUAAACUUUGAUGUUCACCCUGAAACAACAAAGAACACACCUAACACCACAACAUUCACACAGUUUGUAUCUUAACUAUUCCUCACACGCUCUGAUUAAUGUCUUCGUUUAGGCUUUUUUAAUUUAUCAAAGCUCAGAUUAAAAUCAAGGCUGACUGAACCUUUGCUGUUCUGCUGCUUCACCUUUGAAACAAUAUCACAUUUAGUGUUCAGUUUGCUGAUACGUCCACGUUUUUGAAUGCAUCGUUUGUAAAACAAUAAAGAGUCUUAACUUCACUUCAUCCUGAGAGUUUAACACAACUACACUGACCAGAGUUGGAUGCAUGUGUGAGUUCCCGCGAUAAUUACAUAAUCAAACACAACCCCAGUUAUAGGUGUGUAGUAAACACAACAACAACAUGUGUUACCAACCGAAGGAUUAGAAGAAGUGCUUGGAUCUGUCUCUUUUUUUUUUUUUUUUUUUUUUU